AUGAUAAAGAAGUUGACAAAGGGGAUCGAAGAGGCGACUCGAGAGAAAGAAAGGCUUGAGGGUGAGAAGGAAAAGCUGAUGAGCGUUUUUAAAGCUAUAGAACAGAAAGCAUUUGCGAUCCAAGAGACGUAUAAAGAAACGCAGAAGUUGAUUGAUGAACAUAAAGACGUGCUGGCUGGAUCAAAGUCCAGUUUUGAGAAGCUGAAAAAGUCUGUGGACGAGUUGAAGGCAUCUAGGGUUGAUGCAGAAUUCAAAGUCGAAGAUAUGAAAAAGAAAUACAAUGAACUAGAAUUGAAAGAGAAGGGGUACAAGAAGAAACUCAACGACUUGCAGACUGCACUCACAAAGCAUAUGGAACAAAUCCAGAAAGAUCUUGUUGAUCCAGAGAAGCUUCAAGCAACAUUGAUGGAUAAUAAUUUGAACGAAGCCUGUGAUCUAAAAAGGGCUCUUGAAAUGGCUGCCUUACUGGAGGCUCAGCUGAAAGAGUUGAAUCCAAAUCUUGACUCAAUCGCCGAGUAUCGGAGCAAAGUGGAACUUUACAAUGGACGGGUAACUGAACUCAACUCUGUGACUCAAGAACGUGAUGACAUAAGGAAGCAUUAUGAUGAAUUGAGAAAGAGAAGGUUGGAUGAGUUUAUGGCAGGAUUUAACACAAUCUCGUUAAAACUGAAAGAAAUGUAUCAGAUGAUCACUCUCGGAGGCGAUGCAGAGCUCGAGCUGGUAGACUCGCUUGACCCUUUCUCAGAAGGAGUGGUUUUCAGUGUGAGACCUCCCAAGAAGAGCUGGAAGAACAUUGCAAACUUGUCGGGUGGUGAAAAGACACUUAGCUCACUCGCACUAGUCUUCGCACUCCAUCACUACAAGCCUACUCCGCUUUACGUCAUGGACGAAAUCGACGCUGCUCUCGACUUCAAAAACGUAUCAAUCGUUGGACAUUACGUGAAGGACCGUACUAAAGAUGCUCAGUUCAUUAUCAUCAGUCUGAGGAACAACAUGUUUGAGCUAGCAGACAGAUUGGUGGGAAUCUAUAAAACAGAUAACUGUACAAAGAGCAUUACAAUCAACCCUGGAAGCUUUUCGGUUUGCCAGAAAACUCCUGCGUAA